AUGUCGUACGUCGCGCCGGUCCACAAGCCGACCAGCGUGCGCCAUGCGCUGCGCAUCCGGUUUCUUGAUCCGGAGCACGAGGAUCUCGUUCUCGCUAAGGCAAACCGGCUGGAGAUUUGGCGCCUGACCGACGAUGGCAUGGUCUGCCUGCACACCAAGCUCAUCUACGGGACCAUAUCGAUGCUCCAACGCCUCCAGCCCAAGGACGCAACUACCGACCUUCUAUUCAUCGGAACCGACAGAUUACAAUACUUCAACGUCGCAUGGAAUCCGGACACGAACCAGCUCGACACUGUCGAGCAAACCAUCGAAGAUGGAGCCGAGCAGUAUAUGCGCCAGUCGCAAAGCCAGAACAAAUGCCUGGUUGAUCCCACAGGCAGAUUCAUGGCCAUGCAUCUAUGGGAGGGCGUUCUGAACGUAUUUCGCCUGCCGACGCGCAAAGGCGCCACGACGAAACUAGUCGCGCUUGACCAGGUCCGCCUCACGGAGCUGUGGAUGAAGGCGAGCACAUUCCUCCAUAGCCGCACAGGCCAUCCUCGGAUAGCCUUUCUCUACAAGACCCAGCUGGACCAGGAAGAGGCCCGCAUUGCCGUGUACCGACUCACGAAAGAUGACAAGGGCGGGGAGGUGUCCAAGUUCGACCCGCAUCGGGAACGGGAGCUCGACCAGGUGAUACAAGAUCCCUAUGCUUCCAUGUUGAUCCCCGUUCCAGUCGUCGAGGAGAAGAGGUACCACGUACGGAACAAUGAUGGGGCCAGAGCGCAUCUUGGUGGCGUCCUUGUCGUUGGGGAGACGCUGUUGACGUACUUCGACAGUCUAACGUACUCGAGCGUGUCCUCACCUCUCAAAGACCCAAAAAUUUACGUUGCCUGGGCAGAGUACGACGGCAUGCACUAUUUCUUGGCCGACGACUAUGGACGCAUGGACCUUUUGACGAUAGAAACCACCUUUGAGGCUACGGGCGUCGUCGUCACAGGCAUGAGCGUGGCGCCUAUGAAGCUCCCGGAUGGCACUGCACUGACCUCGAGAGCCUCCUCUCUUGUCUAUAUGGGCGACAACAAUCUCUUUCUGGCCUCUCACCAUGGCGACUCACAGCUGCUCAAGGUGGACAUCUCCAAUAGAUCGAUGAUCCCUAUCAAAACACUGUCGAACAACGCACCCAUCCUGGACUUCGCUAUAAUGGACAUGGGAAACCGAGAAGGCGACAGCCAGCUAGGCAACGCCUUCUCCUCUGGUCAGGCAAGGAUCGUCGCCGGCUGCGGCGCGUACCGUGACGGGAGCUUGCGCAGCAUCAGGAGUGGCGUCGGCUUAGAGGACGAGGGUAUACUUGACGAGAUACCGGGCACACGAGGCCUGUUUUCUCUCAAGUCCCACGGCUCUACGGCAGUUGACACGUUGGUGAUGGCAUUCCUCUCAGAAACACGAGUUCUCCGUUUCGAUCCAGAUGGCGGCAUAGAGGAGGUGUACUCGUUCCAGGGCAUGACAUUGGAUCAGGAGACGCUACUGGCCACAAAUCUCCCCAGCGGGCAACUUCUACAGAUCACCCCGCUGUCGGUUACUCUGCUGGACCCGGAAAGCGGCAUUGCGGUAUCAACGUGGGAUGCCCCAGAGGGAAAGACCAUCACGGCAGCGUCUGCAAAUGCGAAGUGGGUGUUGCUGGCUGUGGACGGCUCGACACUUGUCUCUCUGAAUAUCUCUGAAAGCCUGGCGGCAACGACGAAGGAAGCUUCCCAUGAUACCGUUUCAGGCCAUGCGGAUCAGAUUUCAUGCCUUCACGCUGCGCGAGAACCCGAGAAUAUAGGAGUCAUCGGGUGGUGGUCGUCUGGCACGAUAUCUGUCGUGGAACUGGCAUCACUAAAACCCCUUCAGGGCGAAUCACUGAGGCAGACAGAGGACAGUGCGUCUGUUCCGAGGGACAUUGCCUUGGUUCAAUUACAUCCAUCAGCCUCUGCGGGCCCUACUCUAUUAGUCGCUCUGGAGGACGGAAACGUGGUCACUUUCAACGUUUCGACAGAGAGCUACUCGUUGUCCGGACGCAAGAGCGUAAUACUGGGGAGUAGUCCUGCGAGACUGCACAUUUUACCCCAGGAUGACGGAACGAGCAGUGUUUUUGCGACGACGGAGCAUGCCAGCCUCAUAUACAGCGCCGAGGGCCGGAUCAUUUACUCGGCAACGACGGCCGACGAUGCAACCUUUGUCGCUCCGUUUGACGCAGAGGCUUUUCCUGGUUCGAUUAUUCUAUCAACAGACUACCACAUCCGACUGUGCCGUAUCGACAAAGAACGUCUGACACACGUCAAGACAUUACCGGUGCAGGAAACGGUCCGCCGCGUUGCCUAUUCACCAGGCUUGAAAGCCUUUGGUCUGGGAUGCAUAAAAAAGGAGUUGAUACAUAACGAGGAGGUCAUCACGAGCACUUUCAAGCUCGUCGACGAAAUCAUCUUCCAGGAAUUGGGAAAGCCUUUCGUGUUGAACGCAUCUGCCUCGCUGGAAAUGGUCGAGUGCGUGAUUCGUGCAGAGCUGCCUGACAGCAGCGGAACCCCAGCUGAGCGAUUCAUCGUCGGCACAAGCUUCAUCACCGAUGCUGACGUUGCCGAAGACGGCGAUACCCGUGGCCGAAUCCUGGUCCUUGGUGUUGGGGACGAUCGGCAAGUUUACCAAAUCGUGUCCCACAAUCUGAAGGGCGCAUGUCGCUGCCUCGGCGUCAUGGGCGACUACAUUGUCGCUGGACUAUCCAAAACUGUUGUUGUAUACAGCUACGACGAGGAGACAACAGCAUCUGGGUCGCUACAGAAAGUAGCCGCGUACCGGCCUGCGUCUUUCCCUGUGGACCUGGACAUAUCCGGCAACAUGAUCGGCGUCGUGGAUCUCAUGCAGUCUCUAGCCUUGGUAGAGUUUAUUCCCUCACAAGACGGCAGCCGGCCGAAGCUCGAGGAACGGGCGAGGCACUAUCAGCCCGCAUGGGCCACGUCGGUUUGCCACUUAGAUGGCGAUAGAUGGCUGGAGGCGGAUGCGCAGGGCAACAUCAUUGUCUUGAGGCGCAAUCAAGAAGCUCCAACGGAACAGGACAAGCGACGGCUAGAAAUCACGAGCGAGAUGAAUAUUGGGGAGCAGAUCAACCGAAUCCGCAGGCUACACGUCGCAUCGAGCGAGUCUGCCAUUGUGUCCCCGAAGGCAUUCCUCGGAUCGAUUGACGGCACCCUGUACUUGUUCGGAGACAUCUCGCCCCAGUACCAGGACCUGCUCUUGACGUUUCAAGCCAAGCUUCAAGACUACAUUUACGCGCCCGGCAACAUUAGCUUUGACCUGUGGCGGGCCUUCAGAAAUCAGAGUAGGGAAGGCGAAGGCCCGUAUCGGUUCGUAGAUGGAGAGAUGAUAGAGAGGUUCUUGGAUCUCGACGAAGGGAAGCAAGAACUUCUUUGCGAGGGACUGGGACCGAGCACUGAAGAGAUGCGCAACAUUAUUGAGGAGUUGAGGAGGAUGCACUAG